AUGGAUUCACAGGAGGACUGGGUGAGCGAUGAGAGGGCCACGGAGGAAGCUGAAGUCGACUUGCUUGAGCCCGACGAGUGUGAGCCCGAGUCUGUUUACGUGACACUCCAUCGAGUGAGACGCCUGGUUCUCGCCAGUAUAGAUGAUCCGUACACGCUGGACCACUUCCGCCAGCCAAAUCUCAACGCACUCAUUGUCAGACCCCUCGUCGACCGACUCUACGAAACGCAAAAUAUCUCCAUUGUGUACUGCCUCCUCGCCAACCGCGUCUUCUUCCUCAAGUCCCAGUCCGGACUCGCCACACAAAGCGUCAACCGAGCCCGCUCCAUCCUCUGCGAGCUCGUGGCGACCCGUGUCAUUCGACGCUUCCACGAGGACAACCCCGGAAACGAGGGCCUCUUGCUCCUCGCGCAGAUCCUCGUCGAGGGGUUUGAUCCCUUCGACGGCGCGCCGUACGAGGUUGAGCGCGAGGGCCGCUACCUCCAAUGGCCCAUCCAACGGCGCGGCGGCCACGAGAGGAAGCUCACGGCGCUCGAGCUGGCCAUUCUCUCCGAGAGCAAGGCCUUCAUCAGCUCGGCCGCCUGCCAGCGACUCGUCGAGGCCGUCCACGUGGGCAAGGUCGUCUACACGCCGCUGUCGUUCAUGGACAUUCUCCCCGACCACUACAAACACCGCCCGAUCCAGCUCUACGACCCGCGCGAGUCGCGUAUCCUCAACCACCGGCGCCUCAUCGUGCCGCGGAUCCGCGCCCUCAUCGAAAUGGUGCAGUUCAUGGUCCUCGUCCUGCUGUACGUCAUGACCAUGACGAACCAGCAGGCCGCCUUCAACCAGUGGGAGCUCGCCUUUGCCGUCUACACGGCGGGCUGGGUGCUGCAGGAGUUUGCGUCCGUCACCGAGCACGGCUGGGAGCUGCACUCGCAGAGCCUCUGGUCCUUCCUCGACGUCACCUUUGUCGCCAUCUACGGCGCCUACGUGCUGGGCCGGGUGUACGACGUCUUGGCCGGCCGGCUGCCCAACGGCUACGGCCUGCACAUGCUCUGCGUGGCGGCGCCCAUCCUCCUCACGCGCAUCGCCUUCAACGUCAUGCCGCACAACAUUGUCUUCAUCUCGCUCCACGCCAUGAUGAAGGACUUUACGCUGCUGACCUUUCUCGCCGUGUGGUGCUUCCUGGGCUUCCUCCUCGCGCUGCUGUGGCUCUACGACGCCGACCGGGCGGACCAGACGUCGGCGACGGCGCCGCCUCCGUGGCCGACCGUCGGCAAAUGGCUCCUCUGGAUCUGGUUCGGCCUCGACGGCACGGGCAUCGCCGAGUCGGUGCGCUUCAACAUGGUCCUCGGCCCCGCGCUCAUGAUCGCCUUUGCCUUCCUCGGCAACACGCUCUUCCUGACCAUCCUCGUGGCCAUCCUGACAAACACCUUCUCGCACAUUGUCGCCAACGAGGCCGCCGAGAUUCGCUUCCGCCGCACCGUCCUCACCUUUGAGGGCGUCAAGAGCGACUCGCUCUUCGCCUACCCGCCGCCCUUCAACAUGCUGGCCGUCCUCGCCGUGCUGCCGCUCAAGUUCCUCGUCUCGCCGCGCUUCUUCCACACCAUCAACGUCGCCCUCAUACGCGUGCUCAACGGGCCGCUCCUCGUGGCCAUUAGCAUCUUUGAGCGCCGACGCCUGUGGGCCGCCGAGAACAAGCGCCGCCGCCCUGCCGGCCUCUUCCGCUGGCGCUUCACGGGCUUCUCGCCCCACGGCGACAUCCAGGCCGUCUUCACGGCGCCGCUGCCCGACGACGUCUCCACGCGCAUCCAUCUGCUCGACCCCGUCGACGACGUGCCCGUCUUGGAGGACGACGUCAUGUCCACCUUGUCCGGGGACGUGUCGAGGUCGCGGCUGCGGCGGCCCAAGCUGUGGGCCGGCCGGAGGGAGUAUCCGCGCGCGAGGCCGAGGAGGAGGUCGCCUUUGCGGUUUCAGGUGUGA